AUGAGUCAUGUCAAGCGUACGCGACUCGAUGCCGGCUUCCCUGAUACACCCUCAGCCAUACCCGAAGCCAUGGAGAAUGCACUCGCUCAACAGUUCGAGGCUCUUGGACCAAACGCGGGGUUGCGGCUGGCAAACCUGCGAUCUCUCGUCUCGUCUCUCACACCACAGGAAACGCGCUUCAUGAGACUACAUCUCCAAAGUCUUCCGGCGCCAGCAGACAUCAUUUCUUCUUUUCCGGUCGAUAUUCUCAUUGACAUCUCCCCAUACUUGUCCGCGUUGGAUAUAGUCAACAUCCUUGCCGUAUCCAAGGCGUGGAGGCAGGCGUGGUCUCAACGCCAUGUCGUGGGGGCUUUAGCCAAGCACCAUAUGCCCAAUUUCCUACAAUUAUACGCUCAUCGAAAUAGAUUACCUACAGACCAAAACCUGUUCGAUUCUUUCUAUCAAGCCGCUCGCAAGUUCAGUAUCAGACAACAGGGCCUGUUCCAGUCCAUGAUUUUCAACCCUGUCCCGUGGCUUCACUCUGUCACUCGCGACAGGUUCUUCAGCUUGGAAUCCAGCGGUGCUAUCGAAAGUUGGGACGAUGUUUUUCCAGGCGGCAAUUUCAACAAUGAUUUCCCGGAUCACCUCACCGAGAAGAAAGCAGAGGGAAAGCCACCCUACUCAUACAUAAAUUUGCUGUACCGAAAUGGAAAAGUGGCAUGGCAGCCUGAUGAUGAUGAUGAUGACAAUCUCUCGUCUCUUACCUUUGUAGACGACUUGCGUAGCCAGCAACGCAAAGUAUACAAAGUCCCCAUUUCUGUGGUUCUCCUCGGCUGCGUCGCCCAUUUAGAGGAUCUGGGCAGUGAACGUGAUUCUGUGACGCUUCCAUCAGCCAACAUCUAUAAAGUUAGCAUCGAGGGCAAGCGUGCAUAUAUCUUGACCGACAACUCCGAGGUGUAUGUUUGGACAUUUAGAGGUGGUAUUCGGAAAGUUGACACAAGUGCGGCCGGUGAAGACGGCAUCAACCGCAUCGUCAACGUUGUACAUGACAUGGAAAUGGAAGGCAUGUUUGAUAUCCUUCCCCACCCCUUUCUCGAUGAUAAGUUCUAUCUUUUUUCGUUCAGAGAGUCCGAGAGAAUGCUGGUCGUCCAUGAAUUUAACCACAACGGAACCUUACGGAUACAUACCACAACUCUUCCCAAGGUCUACUCUCUUACUCGGAAGUGGGGUACAGGUGAUUUCGACUUCGAAAUCAGUUGCGAGGGUACAGAACCCAACGGUGACGAAGACUUCUUCCGUGAUGAGAGGCACAAGGUCGAUGCGUAUGGCAAUUACACCAUUUGCCAGUUUUUCGCCAAGGGGCGGCCUGUCAAGCCAAAGGAAUUUCGAGGGCUCUACGAUGAUAAGUGGAAGGACUGGAACUGUGAGGCAUACCACGAUGAAGAUGAUGACUAUUGCCUUGGGUAUACGGUCCUAUUUAACGCUUUGACGGCCUCGGUGUCGAUCUCCCCAUUCAUAUCUAACAUACGUCGCCCCGAUCAGUUCCCACCUUCAUUGACAUUUUGGGGCGGUCAGCAAAUCGAGCUCAUCCGCGCGCCCACUACGGGAAAUAAUCUGGAUUUCUGCAUGCUGUUGGUAUCGGAGCUAAACGGCCAAAAGCGUGUUCAAUCGAUGGAUGAUCUUCCUAUCUAUUGCCCGUCGACGAUCAACGCGGCCAAACCUAUUUCCGUCACUCGCCGUGUGACAACUCGCCUCGACAAUUCACCUGCCAAAAAGAUGAUGCAGGGUCACAAAUGCUCCAACAUUGUCUCGCGAUAUCUGACCGAAAGAUUGGAACUCAUUUCCAGUAUUCAACCACAAUACGGCCUUGAAAUCACUUUCGAAUACGAUCAAUUGAGGUGUUGUAUCAAUGCUGAACUUACUGAAGGCGACGGCACUUUUGAGCUGAAGGCCGACGAAGACUUCCUUGUAUGUGUCAGUCCAGAAGGUUACGUCGCAUGGAGCUUUUAUCACGAUAUGAAAGACUUACAGGUGAAGGCUUGA